UGUAGCCAUAGCAACACCCACAGCACGACUUACGCCAGAAAAAAUGUCAUUUGUUGGUGAUUAUUUCCGCCUUUGUUCCGACUGAAACUAGUGAUAAUGGGAGACAAGGAAGGAUCUAUGGAGGCAGAGCAGGUGGAGGAGAAUGAAAUGAAGGCUGUUCUUCACUGUCCUCCUAUCUACCCACUGCCAGAAGAGAUAAAAAACAUGGAGAGCAGUGAAAUAGUGUGUCUUUACUGCGGUGUAAGCUACCUCAUAUACCAUGAGUUCCAUCAACUGCGCACCCAUGUGGCUCAGUUAGAGGCCGAGCUCCAAGAAAUGAAGGAGAUGGCCCAGAGAGAGAAGGCCCAGCGUGAAGCACUGGAGCUGGAAAGAGUGGAGUGGGAGAGGGCAUUUCACCAAGCAGAAGUCAAGGAGAAAAAGGCAAGAGAAGAGCUAGAAGAAAUCAACCAAGACACAGCGAGAGCUCUGAGAGAUGAGUUUGAAGCUAAAUAUUAUAGGAAGAGGAGAGAGAUGGAAGAGGAGUACCAUAAAAUCUCUGAAGAAAAAGAGAGACAACUUAGAGGAGAGCUGGGAGACUUAGAGGCAGAGAAACUCAGGAGGCAGAGAGAAGAACUGGAGAGGAAGACCGAGGAGAGAGAGAAAGUUCUGAAUGACGCACUUCAAAAGGCCAAUAAAAAUUUAGACGAGCUGAGAAAAAACGUGCAACAGCUGGGAGAGAGGCUGGAGAUAGCAGCUGCCAUGGAGGAAGAAACAGAGAUGGUUCUAGAAAAAGAGAAGCAGCAAGGUGAAAUUCUUAGAGGUGUGUGUGCACGGCAGCAGCAGGCCCUACGAGCUACUCUCUCCGUGCUCCACUCCUCUGGCAGCGAGCUCACGGAUGUACGGGGUUUCCUCAGCCAGCUGACGAGGGCCUGGCAGGCCUUCAGAUGUCAGAUACUGCAGCACAGCACGCAGGUGUUCUCAGCGCUGAGUGAGGAGCUGCGACAUUCCAGUGUGGAGCUUCAGAAAAGGAGAGAGGAGAAAAGGCAUCUAACUGAGCAGCUGAUGGAGCAGAAGAGACAGAGAGAGGAGCAGCUGUCCCAACACAAAGACUCAGAGGAGGAGCACAGAGGAAAAUUACUCAGGUUAAAAAUGGAGUUGGAAGAGAAACAUGAGAGAUGGUUGUCAUGCCAACAAAGAUGUGAUGCCUUGCGGGAGCAGCUGUCGUCAUGGGACCACAGAGAGGAACAAAUGAACCGGAAGUACUGUGCAGCUGUCGAGGAAGUGACUGAAGCGAGGAGAACUUUGGAGAAGAUCCAGGAGGAAACAAAAGAACUAAAGAGAGAAAGGGAUUUUCUGAUCGAGUCUCAUGGCAGAGCUUUGACUGAGAUGAAGGAGGAUCACAGACAGCAACUGGCCACUGAGCUGUCUGCUGCCUUAGAAGAGCAGAGAUCCCAGAGUGCUUUGCAGCUGAGGGAGCAGAUGGAGGAGCUUCACAGGGAGGUGGAGUUAGAGCUGACAAUCAACAGAGAGAAGAACCAGUUGCUGCUUCUACAGUACCAACAAGACAACUCAAAGCUACAGCACAAGCUGGAGGAGAAAGUGCUGGAGGUACAACAACUGCAAGAGGAGCUGCAGCAAGAGAGGAGGAGCAGGGAGGAGGAGAUUCACCAACAGGAGGCACUACAGCUGAGCCAAGCUGAGAAGAAUGCUGGACUACAGGAGGAGGUGGCGUUACUCCAGGAGACAGUGAGGAGGGAGUGUGAGGAGAGGGAGGAGCUGACCGCUGCUCUGUCUCAAGCUCAGCAGGAGCUGUUUGGGCUGCGAUCCCUCACGUCUCAUCAGGGCACCUCCAGGCCUCCUCCAGACCCCACGGAGAGACACGCACCCCCGGGGAACAAGAAUUUCCAUCCCUCUAGUCAAGCUCGGCUACCUCUUACUCGCUCUUCAACCUCCCCAAACACACUUCGACCCUCCUCUGCCUCCACGGACAAAGACAAAGGCUGGGGCACAGAUGGAAGAGGAGCAGGGAGGAGUUUGGAGUCCUGGAAUAGCAGUGGGGUGUUAGGUGGAGAAAAGAAACGAGAUGGGGCACUGCCUCAACUAAAACCAGGCAGCACAGCCAGUGAAGUGAAACGUAAGGUCAGCGUAGCGAUGGGGAGGAAGGAGAAACUGUAAAAAGCAAACUGAAUGAAGGAUAAAACAGUUACUCCACCUGUUGUAGUAAUUUAACAGCAUUUUGAUGCAAAUGAUUUUCAUACUAUUUUUUAUUGUUCCCUUAAAUUCAAACACCCCUCUAUGUCUCCACAGACACACACACACACACACACGCACGCACACGCACACAUGAACAGAACACGAGGCACAACUUCUGAGUCCUGUUCGUACACCAGUAACUCCCUGUACACACUCUCUCCAACAGACAUGCACUUGUUUUCUCACAACCUGAGUCAUGCAGUCCCACUGGCACGCACAGGAUUUCACAGACAAACACCCGUGCACACACUCGUGUACACGCAGACACACACACACGCACACAUACACGGCCUGUCACAGGGGCAGGGCUGAAGGAGCAUGACAGCAUGUCCCUUGCCACCCGUGGACACAAACAAAAGACAGGCAAACACAAAAGAAACUGUAUGACAGGCACCCCCAGAUACACACACAACAAUUACCCAGCCCUCUCCCCUCAGGCUUUGUGUGUUAUUGACAUCAUUCACUCCAUGGAAGGUCUUUCCAUCCCACCCUCCUCCUCCUCCUCCUCUCUUCCUCUCCCUCCACAUUUGGGAUGAAUUGGCAUGAUGGGAGAAAUGCGUGAAGUGUUGUGUGUGUGUGGCAUGGAACUAAUUUCCCCCCUCGCUGGCUGGCACACAUGCACACAAGCUUUUAGUCUGACUUCCCCCGUGUCGCUCUCUUCCAGUCCAUCUGUGAGACAAUGCACACGUGCACUUGUUCUCACAGAAAAGGUGGGAAGAAAAGCAUUUUGUCCUGCCAACGCUUCCUGUUUGCCAAAACACACACAUAUGGUUUAUCUGCUAAAAACCCUCGGUCCAUGUCGAGAGGUUGCUCUGAAAUGCAGAACGUUAUGUGCCAUUAAAACCUGUCUUUCAGCCUUUACGUUUUUCCUAGAGGGUUAAAUGGGAUACUUCCUACAGCACAUAUAAAAAUGGUGAAUGUUUUCCUGAACUGACUGUCAUGAACCCCCAGUAAAUUCAUUAGUUUAGGUUUUUAAUUCAUUCCAUCCAGAUUUUUACUUAAAUUGUCUCAAUAAAUCAUAAUUACAGAAAUAUCUUUCAUGUGCUACAAGCUGGAAUUUCAUUGAGUUCUGAGUGAAUAGACUUCCCUUUGACAAGAAAUAACAAUGCGUCUUCCUAUGAUGUGAUUUAUAUGGCAGAGGUAGCUGUUUUUGUGCUGCACAGCUCACUGGUUGUUACCUUCCUGUGUUUAAAUGCGCGGCCUUGUGUAUGUUUACUGAUUGCACAACACUUUGCCGCGUGUGUUUGUGUGUCUCCAGGGAGUAAUUGUAUAAUAACGGCACCAUCACUCAUUUUUUGUAAUCAUGUAUUAUCGCUGCAAGUCGCUGAUUUUAUGGUCAUCAUCACAGUGUUUUGUUUGUGUGUGUUUAUGUGGGUGAAACUGGAAGACAUUACCUACUUGUGAGAAUGCGCACGAUAUCUUUUUCAGUAUGCGAGUAUUAUUUUGUCAUUACUUUUCUUUGAGGCAUAUAGAGUGGGUUGCUCUACCAAACUGUGUUUCAUUUUACAAAACAGGUUGAACAAAUAAGCUGGACGGUUGAUUAUUGUGCUUGGAAACAUCAGUUGACAAAACAAUCUUAAUUGAAUGUCUAUUUACUCAUUUGUUCUCUUCUGAUCCCAUCACAGGUCAUCAGCAGUUGGCUCGGUUGUCAUGAAACUAUUUUUUUUGCAUUUUUCAUUGUCCUGAAUAGCUUAAAAACCCUGUGAAAACAUUUUUUUUUACCUUGUUAACAUGUCCAUAUGGUGUUUUUGUAAUGUUGAAAGACAUAUCAUUGAUGAAAUAAGCAGUCAAUGAAAUGUCUGUUUCCGCGUAACAAACCUAAAAACCUAAUCCUCUCAGCUUGAACAUGUACUGGAUGAUUGAAUUACUCCAGUAGUACAACUUUCUAUUGUGUAGGGUAGAGUAGUUUUACAGUAUCUGUGCAGAGUCAUAGGUGAGCUGAUGAACUCCAUCUACCAAGAGAUUAUUGUUUUUGGUAAACACUUCUAAAUAGAUAACACUGAUGUACAGAGAUGUGUUUUAGGGGCUGAAUCAAUGAUCAGAGUGAUUUUAUGUGUUCAAUUUUAACAUAGAAAACUGAGACAAAAAGAGUACGGGGAUCUAAUAUAUCAAUUAGAAAAUGUUUGAUUUAGAUUAGAACUUGUUUCAUCAAAGAAUAACUAACCAUGACUGAGACUACAAAAGUGAUGCUGUAUUUGAAUGCCUAAGUUAUAACUUAGGUAUACCUAAGUUAUACCAUUACACUUUUUGAAGGUAGUCACCUUUAACAACUAAUAUUUCAAAAAGAACAAAACAUAAUACUACUAUUGGAAUGACUACUAAUACUUGUAUCCCAAUUUAAAGUACUGAAAAGCAAAAAACAUUUUGACAUUAGCCAUGCCAUUUUGAGUAAGAAUAUCUCAGUAACUACAAAUAUAACCCUGCUGCUUUUUUGUACAGUGAUAGAAGACAGAUGGAACUGUCUUGUAGAAAAAUUUGGGGUCUCUGGUACCUGUCCCACACUGAGAUUUUUGCCACCAAAAAUAGCCAAUUAAAAAUCUCUCCCAACUUUGGGAGCUCAUAUUUUCCAAACUGAGGUACCUAGAAAGCUCCAGUUUGCUAAGUUAUCACACAAGUUUGUGUAGAAUGGAACCCAGGGGUGUUAGAACACUUCUGUGCAGUAUUUCUAGUACUUUUAAGGUUCCAAACUCCACUCGUGAGUAGGUGUCUCUUAAUUUUUAGCAUUUUUAGCAAGCCCCCAUGGCCUGCAGAGUGUAGGGAAACACCUGAGGAUGUUUGUGGGGCACUAGCUACAUGCAGAGGCCUUGUUUACCAACUCACAGCUCUCUGGUAUGUCUAGAGGCUGAGAAAUAACCACUUAAAGAUGCAAAAAAAUGCUGGUGAGGCUUUUUAUAGCCCAAAUUCUGAAAAUUUCAGACCCCCACAACUCAGAAACUAUUUGAGCUACAGGCCUACAAUUUUGCAUGGAAAGUACUUUUGUGACUAUCUAAUGGCAUGCAAAUUUAGGACUAAUUUGAAGAUGGUGCAGCAACACCCCCAAGGAAUAUCUGGUCAUUUCACCUGGAAUGACCCAUAUAGUUGUAGGUAGCCAAAACAACAGACACCUUGUGACCAAUUUCAUUAAUGUAAUGAGGUUUAACACCAAGCCCUGCAGACCCAUUUCUUUUUAGAACUGGAAAAGUAAACCUGGAUUUGAUGACAUUCAGUACUAAAAUCCCUUUGUGGUCUUUGACUAACCACUAAAACUCAUCUCUUUGUCUUAAAGUCACAUAUUGAGAAGCUUUUUCUAUGAAAAUAAUCUCUUCCUGCCUUAAAAUGGCUUAGCUGUAACUCUGCGCCAUUGUUUCCUCAAGAGUAUGCACAUCUAUGAACUGCUUUUUGCUUGCUGAAGCUCAAGCACACCAGCUCACCAAACAUUGUAAAACUACUCUAUGCUACACAGUGGUAAGCUGUAAUAUGGAGGUAUUUCAGUUACACGUUUGACCCAGAGAAUCAUUCUGAUGAGGAAUAAUGAUACAGAAACCUCCACCAUUUAAGCUGACAGGAUUGGUUACUUGUCUGAAUCUUUGUUUUUGAGACGCAACAGUUUGAAGGUCAUAAUGCUUCUUCUGCCUAUUUUGCUCAUGAUGUCUUCCUCCAGCACAUAAAAAACAAAACACCACGUGGACAUGUUAAAGCCAUAAGAAGAUUGAUUUUCAUUGGAGGGGUCUUUAAUAGUAGCUUGUUUUUAUGAGCUACCUCCACAGCUCUGGUAGGCUGAUGGACAUGCUGGCCCACUGACAAACAUUUACUGGGAAGCUAAAUGGAACGAAGCUUCCGUUAAUGCUAUUACUUACACCUGCGCUGAUCCUGCUUUGACUGGUCAAAACGUCUACCGUGGAAAGGGUGGUCUGUUCCAAACGUGCUGACCUUCUGACAGCUGCUCACAUUCUGACCUGUGACCUUCCCUUUUAUCCCUGUUUAUACUUCCCCCAGCUAUGACCUGCAUUUCUGCUGCGUAUAUGCAGAAAUAAAAGCUCUUUCUAUGCCCGUCGGAGGCGUUAACAUGCUCUCCCUGCUCCUCCUUCAUCCCACAACACUCGCUGUCCGCAAAAAACACAAACCUCCAUGUCUCCCUCACUCCCUCUGCACCUCACAGACGCAUAUAAAUCUCUCUCUGUGUCAAUAUUCUUUUAAUCGCGUCGGCCUUCUUUUGGUAUUCAACCCCUCUGACCCUGUUGCUAAAAAGCAAUUCCCUCUCAGCCUGCCCUCCUCAGCUAUCCGUGCUUUCACUUUAUUUUUUGAUCCAGUCAGCUCUCUCUUUUCUACUCCCCUCUGCUCUUUUACUGGGGCUUUUUUCCUUUGCUCGUGCCCUUGCUUUGUAGCCCUUGACCUGGUGUCCUUCCUGGUGUGUGUGCAUGUGUGUGUUUGAAAAAGAGCCACAGGGCAUGUGUGAGAAAGAGGGAUCUGGUCUGAGUAGAUACAGCACCUUCAAGCUCUCACUACAUCUUGAUACAGCAUAAAGUUGACACAGAUGACGUAUUUGAUCGCUCAGAUUUAAUCACCCUUAACAAAUGCCCUUGCACUCAAACAUGCAUAUGUACACACACGCAGGCCAGGCGCACACAUUGGGAGUGUGAUCUCCUCGCAGCAAUUAUCAUAGGAGGGCAGGCAUGCACACGUGUCCCUGGGGAAUCUGUGCAAGUUUCUCGUAAACACACACACGCACGCACUCACACACACGCUCCAGGGAGUGGCGUGUGUGUAUAACUAAGCCCUUGUUCGUCACUGGGUGUCCCUGAACGCCUCUUUGCUGCGUCGUUAUGGUCCUUUUGGAAUUCUGCCGUCCCGUGAGCCCUCCCACACCCUAUAAUUAGUGUCACCCGGGCAACCGGAGAAAGAAUGCUCUGUAUUCUUGUCGUCGUGGUAACUGCGUAAGUGUGGGGGCCGGAGGUGCUGGUUGUAGGUGUCGGUUAAUGACACGGACAAUGAGACCUCAGUCUGCCGUUUCAUGUCUCAUGUUAGUCAAAGUAAGAUAGGUAAAUCUGCGUGUGUGUGUGGAGAUCUGUCUGUCCCCGUCGUGUCACACAGGACCCUCAGACAGGUUAUGAAAGUAGACCCUUAUGCUGCAUUCACGAGUACAGCUGUUGCUUACAAUAGCUUCAGAGGCCUACAGACAUACACGCAAACGCAUGAAACCUCAGGAAAUAACCAACCGUGGCCGGAUCAACCUGUUAGUGGGACCCAUGGGUCUGUGAGUUGUGUGUGUUAUUCCUGCACACAGCAAAUGACAACUUCAUUGUAUUUGCAUUUGGAAAAAGAAUGAGAGCUGUUGUUGCUGUUAAACUACCUGACUCCAAGUUCACUGUGUGCCAGUUGGUUUGAGUUAUGUUGAUUAAAAACAACUUAUUUUGGAAAAUGCACCACAUAAGCAUAUUAUAAACCGGUCCAGUGGGUCACGAGAUAAAGCUGAGAGGUCACAAGAUUUUUAAUAGGAUAGAAAAAUCAUUGUUUUGUCACACAAGUUGGAAUCCGUCUUCACUUUAGGACUCUAAUAUUAGUGUUUUUCAGUGAAAUUGUAUUGUCAGAUAUAUUUUACCUGAAGCACAUUGAAAUUAAGCAGUCUCAGAGGUGGACACUGCUUUAUUGUGGAACUUCAAGCCGAGAAAUCCGAAAACUACAGCUCGACUUAGGGCCUCUACAAAGGUUUUCCACAGUUUACUUUUUUGUUUUGAUUAUAACAUAUUGCAUCUACUUCCCUCAUUCAAAUCAAUAAGUGCCUCAUAACAGAUGUAAACCAGCAGAGACGUGUUUGUGAAUGAGCAUGAAACAUUCACUUGACAACAGUGAAGUUGUACUCAAGUACUGCUGUUUACUGUCAACGUCAUCGAUUUCUUGGUGGGGAUUCAGUAGGCCUACAAGGUCAGUGUAUGACUGCUCACAGAACAAGCUCGCAUUAACCUCAGGAUGCCUAUUGCUUCACUUGAGGCCCAUAGUUUCAGAAAACCUUAACUGGUGGGUCUCUAGUGUCCUCUGCUGACCGUUUUUAGUUACUGCAAGUCUCCGGGCUAUAAAAUCCUGAUGGCUGAGUCGUGAGUGAACAUAGUGUUCCCUGCUCUAUUUGUUUACAGGGGCUGAGCCUUCUCUUACUCAACCAAUGCAAGAGUGUUAAAGUUAAAUUAAUAAACACUCUUGAACCAUUUGGCUCUGCUCUCCCUUCCUGAGUUGCUGUGUAUUUAAACCGAUGUAAGGCAGACAUUACAGACUCUAAGUACACAGUGUGUAGACUACACAAACAGUGAUUUCUUAAUAAAAUCUCAUACAUUU